CCCGGCGGCUCCGCCUGCGGUGCCGAACUCUCCGGACGCCUUCGCUGAGCAGAGUCGGGCGGCCCGGGGGAACCCUGCCUUGCUUGUCCGGCGGCCCAGCAGACGCGAGCGAGCCAUUGAUACUCGAGUUACUAUGAGUCUGCUAAACUGUGAGAACAGCUGUGGAUCCAGCCAGCCUGGCAGUGACUGCUGUGCGGCCAUGGCCAGCUCGUGCAGCGCUGCAACAAAAGAGGACAGCGUGAGUGGGAGCACCAGCACAGGGCACCUGUCCAGCUCCUUCAUGGAGGAGAUCCAGGGCUACGAUGUGGAGUUCGACCCACCCCUGGAAAGCAAGUACGAGUGCCCCAUCUGCUUGAUGGCGUUACGGGAAGCAGUGCAAACACCAUGUGGCCACAGAUUCUGCAAAGCCUGCAUCACCAAGUCCAUCAGGGACGCUGGUCACAAAUGUCCAGUCGACAAUGAAAUCCUCCUAGAAAAUCAACUGUUUCCUGACAAUUUUGCCAAACGAGAGAUUCUUUCUCUGAUGGUGAAGUGUCCAAACGCAGGUUGCCUGCACAAGAUGGAACUCAGGCACCUAGAGGACCAUCAGGCUCAUUGUGAGUUCGCUCUUGUGGACUGCCCCCAGUGCCAGCGUCCCUUCCAAAAAUGCUGUCUGACCAUCCACCUUCUCCAGGAGUGUCCAAGGAGACAGGUGUCUUGUGUGAACUGUGCUAUAUUAAUUCCAUUUGAAGAGAAAGAGAUCCAUGACCAGAAAUGUCCUUUGGCCAAUGUCAUCUGUGAAUACUGCGACACUGUGCUCAUCAGAGAACAGAUACCCAAUCACUAUGAUCUGGACUGCCCUACGGCCCCGAUUCCAUGCACAUUCAGCGCUUUUGGUUGCCCUGUAAAGAUGCAGCGGAAUCACCUGGCGCGCCAUGUGCAGGAGUACACCCAGUCGCACAUGAGGAUGCUGGCCCAGGCCGUUGAGAACUUAAGCCUUGCUGCCACGCCCAGGCCUCCGUGUGAUGCGCUUGCAUUUGACUCUGCCUCUCUGCCCCGAAUGUCCUCUGGAUGUCACCCUGAGGUCCAGAAUUUCCAAGAAACCAUUCAACAGUUGGAGGGGCGCCUCGUCAGGCAGGACCAUCAGAUCCGGGAGCUGACGGCGAAAAUGGAGACGCAGAGCCUGUAUGUGGGUGAGCUCAAACGGACGAUCCGCACCUUGGAGGACAAGGUUGCUGAGGUGGAAGCCAAGCAGUGCAGCGGGAUUUACCUGUGGAAGAUCAGCAACUUCGGGAUGCACCUGAAAUCCCAGGAGGAGGAGAGGCCCGUGGUCAUCCACAGCCCCGGCUUCUACACUGGCAAGCCCGGCUACAAACUGUGCAUGCGCCUGCACCUGCAGCUCGCCAGCGCCCAGCGCUGUGCAAACUACAUCUCCCUCUUUGUGCACACAAUGCAGGGAGACUACGACAGCCACCUGCCCUGGCCCUUCCAGGGCACCAUCCGCCUGGCCAUCCUGGACCAGUCUGAAACCCCCCUGAGGCAAAACCACGAAGAAAUCAUGGAUGCCAAGCCAGAGCUGCUGGCCUUCCAGAGACCCACCAUCCCUCGGAACCCUAAGGGCUUUGGCUAUGUGACUUUCAUGCCCCUGGAAGCCCUGAGACAGAGAACUUUCAUAAAGGAUGACACCUUGCUGGUGCGCUGUGAGGUCUCCACCCGAUUCGACAUGGGGAGCCUCCGGAGGGAGGGCUUUCAGCCCCGUAGUACGGAUGCAGGGGUAUAGCACCCCCUCUUUGGACUGUCUGCAGGAUGCAGUGCCUUUGCUUGCCCUCUUCCCAGGGACAACGCACAAAGAUGAGGGGAGCAUCUGGGAGCGGGCAUGCGCGUGUCCGGCGGUUUUCAGUAACGUUACCAGACGUGCCUGUGGCACAAUGCAGCUAUUUUGUGACUUCGUAUACCUCUCUGUUGUACGUCCUUGGGCUUUGGGUCCCCACUGCAUUUUGUCAGCAAAAAGCCCAGCGCCCGAGGACUAAACCUUAAGCCAUCCUCCUCCUAACAGAAUGAGGACAAGGAUCUCCCUUCCAACGUCCGCCUUAUUUUUAUAGUAUUAUAUGUAAUAUAUUAAACUCGAGAAUCACUACCACCUUCACGCUGGUGCCAGAGAGAAGAAGAGUGGUUACGGCCGAGUUCUCCUUUGAGGGGAGAGAUCUGUCGGUAGAUCUCAAAGGAGGUGAGCCAUCCUCCUUGGGACGCUUAAGUUCUCAUCCUGGUUUCUCCCAGGCUGCUCUUCAGGAUGUUCAGGGACAAGCUUAACCCUCAGUAGGACCUGGGGUAGGAGUGUGAACAUGUUGUCUGGUGAAUUGUUCUUCCCCGAGACCGAGGAGUCGCUAGCAUCUUCUCAGGGCCGUGGUGGGCACCUGCUCGUGGAGCACCUGCUCAUUCUUAUCGUGAGGGAGCCCUUUUGGGCUACUCAGAGCCAGGCAACUUCAGUCCGCCUACCGACCUCUCCUGCGCUACUACACUGAUCAGACAAGGCGAGGCGCACACACAGUCACCAACCUACAAGGUCUGUGUGGCAUCUCACUGGCGGCGAGAGAAGCUAAGAGGCACACUGAUUCAGCCCUUUCCACUCCAUCCGUGUCCUACAAACAGACUGUCCUCAUACUGGGGAGUUCAGUAGUGGUCUUUGGUCUGAUGGGAGCCGCUGUGGCCCCGCCAGCACUGACGUGGGGAGGCCGUUGCUUCAGUGCAGCAGUGCACACGGCAGGCUCGGAGGGUGGGCGGGAGCCUGCUGAAGGGGCUUUCGGGAAGAGACGACUUUGGUGUCACUGUGUAUCUGUUAAAGACAGAUGGGGGUUCAAACUGUGGGUGCCACCUGGUCCUCAGGGAGCCCCACAACUGGUAUAGGCCCCAGCAAAGCCGCUAAGCAGGCCCACCCACUGCAUUUCAGAGUGAGGGGUUAGCGGACUCUGGGUGUGGGGGUCAGACCGCACCUUAUCUCCAGAGGGGCCACAGCAGAGCUUCCAUUUCAAAAGGAAGCUAUGGCUCUGGAGAGGAGUCUGCUGCUAGACCUAGGCAGAUGUAGCAAACGUUGCCUUGACCUUCCCCUUAACUCCCUCCCCCACCCCUCACUAGCUUCUGCUCAGCUGGGUGUGAGUUAGAGAGCAAAAGUAAAGAAGCAAAGGUUUGUACCGCCUUCCAGAAGGCCCACAGGUGCAUCCCAAGUCCCCCCGUUUGGGUCCCUUGUGCCACUUAACUGCCAGACUGCCACCCAAGUCCCAAGAACCGUGGCACCACCACCUGUACUGCUGCUCCCCCUGUGGUGGUGUUUGGAUGAAUAAAUGGUUGUCCGGAGUCAUUGAAAAGGUUCUUUUGUGUGUGCACUCACAAACCUUCGAAGGCGAGAUACUGAACUUUUGGUUAUGGUUACCUUGGGCUAUAAAAGUUUUGAUGACUGA